CUAAGCCCCAGGCUGAUGUGUCAGGUGUCAUCUUGUGAUUGGCAGCUGCCAGGUCCCAGCUCAACCUGCCUCUUGUAUUGGCAGGAAAAGGAGAAGGCCCAGUUAGCGGCAGAAGCUCUAAAGCAGGUGAAUCGUGUUUCUGGAAACCGGGAAGCAAGGUCUGCCAGAGAAAGGCUCUUGGAGUGGCCUGACCAUGAGCUAGAUCGGGUCAACAACUUCCUGAGCAACCGUCUGCAGGAGAUCAAGAACACUGUCAAAGACUCCAUCCGUGCCAGCUUCAGUAUGUGUGAGCUCAGCAUGGACAGCAAUGGUUUCUCUAAGGAGGGGGCUGCAGAGCCAGAACCCCAGAGUCUACCCCCCUCAAACCUCAAUGGCUCCUCAGAGCAACGGCCUGACAUCAGCCUUGACCUGUCCCCUUUGACUUUGGGCUCCCCUCAGAACCACACGUUACAAGCCCCAGGCGAGCCAACUCCACCCUGGGCAGAAAUAAGAGGGCCCCACCCACCAUGGACAGAGGUGAGGGGCCCCCCACCUGGUAUCAUCCCUGAGAAUGGGCUAGUGAGGAGACUUAACACUGUGCCCAACCUGUCCCGGGUGAUCUGGGUCAAGACACCCAAACUAGGUAACCCUAGCUGUGAGGAGCCAGGUGCAAAGGAGGUCCCCAUUUGCAAGCAAGAGCUGCCUGAGCCUGUGGCCUCAGUUGGGAAGCCACGGAAAGGCAAAAGACAGGGCAGUCAGGCCAAGAAGAAUGAGGUGAGCCUAGUUGCCCGGUCCCCAGCCAGUCUCGAGGUUCCCAAUACCAAGGGCCAGACUCCCAGCCCCAAGCAGCCAGGUAAGGCUCCAGAGCCUCCCAAAGAGGGCAGCUGUGCCGAAGCUGGAGAGGGAGGCGGAGGGAGCCAGCCAGGACCAGGCUGGGCCAGCAGCCCCAAAACUGACAAGGAGAAGGUCAGCAUCUGGCGAAACUGGCCAGGUGAGGCCAAGGCACGGCCUCCAGAGCAGGAGUCUGUGCAGCACCCAGGCCCAGCAAGGCCACAGAGUUUGCCACAGGGCAAGGGUCGCAGCCGCCGCAGCCGCAACAAGCAAGAGAAGACAGCCACCUCCUUGGACGAUGUGUUCCUGCCCAAGGACAUGGAUGGGGUAGAGAUGGAUGAGACUGACCGGGAGGUGGAGUACUUCAAGAGGUUCUGUUUGGAUUCUGCAAAGCAAACUCGUCAGAAAGUUGCUGUGAACUGGACCAACUUCAGCCUCAAGAAAACCACUCCCAGCACAGCUCAGUGAGGCUACCAGAGUACUUCCCAGCUAAAGCCACGCAAGAAGGAGCCAGACCCAGGAGAGUGGGCAGACGAGCAAGACGAGACCUUCGAGAGAGGUUAUGUAGGCCUGGAGAAGUUGGUGGGCAUUCUCCCCAAAUAGAAUAGGUUCCAUCAGGAAACUGAUAGCUAAGCUGCCUCCUAGAAUAGAUCUGGCCCCAAGCUAGGCUGUGGCCUCUCUUCCCAGCCACCUGCAUAGGUCCUUUUGUCUGAGAUACUGGCCUAUCAGAUGACUAAGAACAGAAGACUGAGAAGGCACUGGGCUGAGAACCAUAUUGCAGGAGAAAAGGUGUCUGGCUGGCAGGUCUUGGUGCUGGGCUUGGGCCAAAUGGCUGUGCAGGGCUGUAUCUCAACCCUGGGCUAUGUCCCUGCAGUCAGGCAUUUUCUGGCUAGUAACCACCCAGCUUGUCUAGGGCAGGUGGGCUGAGCUCAGGGACUCCACAGAAGGAUGCUCUCGCCUGUGCUCUUUUCAGUGCCAGGGCAGCAGACUUCCUGGACCCUUGUUCCCUUUUGGGUCGGGAUCCCCCACCUUAGAUGCCAGCCUUAGCUCUGGGCUUUCAUCUGUUGCCCCUUUUCAGAGGAAAGGGAGUGCACCUCCUCCUGAAGGCCAGUGCCCCGUCCAGGAACCCUCAUCCAGCGUCUCCCACUCCCUGUAGCUGAUCUCCUUCCCAAGACAGGAGACACCCCCCACUACCCCCAAAAGUGCUCUCCAUUGACCACUUCUACCCUGACCAGCACAGAAUUAAGCCCCAAGUACAUGAGAAAGCAGAGCUGACACAGAAUCAGGAUUCAGCCGUGCUGUGUAACUGGAGCCUGUGGCAGGAGUCUGAGCUCAUACACUGCCUCUCUGCUGCCUGUCAGUAGGAGAGCAAGUGCCAGAGGAUGGGUUCCUACUCCACCCUGCCCUGGGGGGAUGUACUGUAAUGGGGUCCUGGGACAAUCUUUGGAAUCUAGGAUACUGCUCCACAUCUGGACAGAACCCCAGGUCUGGGGCUCUGACCCCCAAUAGGGUCUUAACCUUCGUUCUGUGCUGGAGGUGACUGAAGAAGUCAUUCAGUGUUUUCCACCCAGGAAGCAAAAAUAGUAGGCAACUAUUCCUGCCUCCACAGGGACCCAUGGGGACCCAUGGGAACGCAAAACUAGCACAGAGAGGCUAAGGCGAGGGCCUCGUUCACCAUGUGGCCAUGCUCUCCUGUUUUCUCAGCUCUGGCCGGGUCAAGCUUCUUAAGGGUGUCCUGAGACCCCAACUGCCAGCUGACGGUCUACAGUUUCUUCCUCCACAUCCCCACCUAUCCAAGACUCCCCUGCUCCCCACCAUCCUGGACCGACCAAAAGCUGAAUGGAUGCCGUGCUGUGCUGGGGCCCCUCAGGACCUCCAGAGCCGCUUCCUGGUGCUACACAGCCUCCACACUCAGAGCCUGGGGGCUGGGCUGGCCUAUGGGCCGGAGCUGAUGGUACUGCUGGCCCAACACUGCUCUCUUUGUGUUUGGUUUUUUUGUUUUCAUUUGUUUUUUGUUUUUUUGUUUUUCAAUUCUUUACUUUUGAUACUGUGAAGAUCUUUCCUGCCGAAAGAUAAAGCAACAUUUGGACACAG